CUUCUGUAUUUGCUUCUUAAUCUCAGCUCAACUUGGAAUAAACAGCAUGGAGUGUAAGCAGCAGUUUAAAUGGUUAAUACUUGCAAUGAUAUGUCCUCUUAUUGCAGGUGCUCCGUCCUCCAUGUCCAAACGAGACAGUUCAUGUCCCAAAGAGAAUCUAAACAUUACUGGAGGGACCUUUGUUCUUUCUAAAGGCUAUUCACAUGGGAGUCUUCUAAGAUACAUCUGUCCGAAUGGAUAUUACCCGUCGGUUCAGUCACGUCUGUGUCAAGAUGGACACUGGACCUCAAAGACCAAAUCCAGAAAAACCCCAGAGUGCAAAAAGAUCACAUGUCCCAAUCCCCGUGUUUUCGAGAAUGGAGAGGUGAUUCCAUAUAAAGACAAGCACUAUGUAAAUGACACAACCACCUACUCAUGUCAUUCCGAUUAUAUGUUCCGUGGCUCAGCAGACCGUGUUUGCAAGCCUAAUGGGAAGUGGAGUGGAAACACACCAAUUUGUGGACGUGACUCUGAUCACUGUCCUGAUCCUGGUGUUCCCCCUGGUAGCAGUCGAACAGGGAACAUGUUUAAUCUAGACGACAAAGUCACAUACCGCUGUGAGAGUCUAUUGACCUUGAUUGGUUCCAAAGUGCGAGUGUGUCUCGAUGGAGGCCAGUGGUCAGGAACAGAGCCACAAUGUUACGCUGGUUUCACAUAUGACACCCCAGAGGAAGCAUCAGAAGCUUUCAGCAGUUCUCUAAAGUCAAAUCUAGCGGUUUCUCAACAGUAUGAAAAAGAAGAUCAGCAGGGGAAGAAAAUAACUAUGGAUCAGGGUGGAAAACUUGAUAUUUACAUUGCUGUGGAUGCAUCUGAAAGCAUAGAUCAGAAGAAUUUUGAAAAUGCAAAAACCACCAUAAAAAUGCUUAUAGACAAGAUUAGUUAUUACCCGGUUUCCCCAAACUAUGAGAUCCUGAUAUUUGCUACAGAUGUUACGCCGAUAAUCACUAUGAGGGACUUCAAAAAUAAUGAAGAUGCAAGAAACCUAAUGAAUAUUUUUAAAGCGCUGGACGACUUUAAUUAUGAGAGUAGAGGUGAUAAAACAGGUACCAAUAUCGCCAAACUCUAUACAGCCAUUUUAGGCAGCAUGAAAAUAGAGGAGCUCAACAAUGCAAUGACUUUCAGUGAGACCCAACACAUCGUCAUACUGUUCACUGAUGGUCAGGCAAACAUGGGGGGGAAUCCCAGACCUAAAGUGGAACAGAUCAAACAUCUUGUCACCAAAAAUGUUCCUAUGCGAGAGAAAAAUCUUGAUCUUUAUGUAUUUGGAGUUGGAAAUGACGUGAAUCAAGAAGACAUAAAUGGUUUAGUGUCACAGAGGGACCAAGAAAAAUAUUUCUUUAAGCUUAAAGACUUGACAGAGGUGCAGGAGAUGUUUAACGACAUGAUUGAUGAGAGCACCAGUGUAGGAUUGUGUGGGAUUGUGUGGGAAGGCUUGGAAAAUAAACGCCGUGCAUUUCCCUGGUUGGCACAGAUUAAUAUUCAACAUCCUUCUUCAAAAGGUUCCAAUUGCAUGGGGUCAUUAGUUUCCUCAAGUUACAUCUUGACAGCGGCUCACUGCUUCAAAGAGGGAGACACACCUGAUAGGAUAAUAGUUAAACUGGAAAAAGACCUGGUUGUAAAAGUGAAAAAAUUCACACUUCAUCCUGAAUAUAACCCCACAGCAAAACAGCAUAUGGGAAUACAGGAAUAUUACGAAUUUGAUGUAGCUCUUAUACAGCUGGUUACAGCUGUUGAGAUGAGUUUUAAUCUGCGGUGAGGAGCACAGAUCUUCAACAUGUGAUGC